CUUGACAACAGUGUACAGACUAUACAACAAGGCUAAGUUAGGUCCAAGACAAGGUUCUGUUUGCAUUGUUUGAAUCUUGUCUUGACGCGAAAACGAACCUGAUAUGGUGUCCCCCUCGUAAUUGUUACCAAUUUAGAUAAUGGUUGUAUCACAUUUUGUCGUAGUCUUGACUCUUGUUUGACAAAAUAUGGGCGAGUGAGUGUAAAAAUUUUGUUAUGACUUUCGUUUGACAUUUUUGAGGGUUACAAAUUGAUAGGUUAUAUGUUUUAUGUAAAUAUAAAUGAGUUCAGAUAAGGAUUGUUUACAUUUCAUUCGUUCCAGAACUCAGGAAAAACUUGAGUUAUGCUUUUAUCGUUACGGCAUCCUAGUUGCCAGUUAUCCAUGGACAUUCAUAAUUUUUUCGUUGGUACUUACUUCAGUUUGCUCAAUGGGUCUAUUAAAUUUCCGCCAAGAAAAAAACCCAAUGAAUCUAUGGAUUCCACCAGAUUCUCACUUCAAGAGAGAUACUGAUUGGUUCAUGAAGAAUAUUCGUCUGGGGUACAGAAUACAAACUGUCAUGGUCACAGCACCUGAUGUUUUAGAACCUGCGGUCAUGCAACAGCUAUUACAAAUACGCAACCGAGUUGUACAAAGUACUUUGCAAAAUGUGACUUGGGAAGAUGUAUGUUUCAGAGUUCCAGUUGUUCAGUUGAAUACAAGAAAGAAAAGAAGUUCCAACAAUGAACUCUUUGAAGGGAACGAGUAUGAGGAUGAGGAUGAUGAUAGAUAUAAUAUACUUUACAAUUUCGAGCCAAGUGUUGUUCUGCCCUCUGCCAUUUUCUGUUCAAUUGUGAGCAGUUUUAGCACAGGCUGUUACGAACAUAGCCUUCUCGAGUUCUGGAGUUAUAAUGAAGAAGAAAUUGAAAGUUUGACCAAAGAGGAUAUAAUUUUCGCACUCAAUCACACAACAAUUAGUCCGGUCUUGGGGCUGUCCAUGCACUAUACUCAGCUUCUGGGAGGUGUGAAAAGGAACGCAUCAGGUGUUAUAGUAGCUGCGUCUUCUCUCCUCAGCCAAUGGAUGGUCCAUGUUAAUUUCUCUGCUGUCGACAUGGAUCUUGUAGGAAACGAUGGAGGCACUGCUGAUUGGGCGACUGGACAGGGGAUGAUAUGGGAACAGAGCUUUCUUAAUACAAUGGAAAACGUAACAUCAUCAUUGGAUCAUUCCAAUGCUACUGAUGUUCUCUAUGAAGCGAGCAGAAGUUUCGGAGAUAUCAGCAGCGCUGCAAUGUUCCAGGAUAUCCUCAAGAUUGCCUGUGGUGUGUUUUUGACAUUCAUAUUUGUCCUUCUAGUGCUUUCGAAGUUCACUUGCCUUGAAAUUCGGAUUAUCCCUGCCGGGGCUGGGCUGGCAUGUGUGGGACUUGCGUUCAUAUCAGCUUGUGGCUUCUGUUCAGCCCUCGGCAUCUUCUACGGUCCCGUCCAUACUUCUCUCCCGUUUCUUCUCAUGGGCAUUGGUGUCGAUGACAUGUUUGUAAUCAUGGCUUGUCGAAACAACUUAAAUGAAAUACAGAAAAAGAAAAGUUUGGCUGUUCAGAUGGGUCUAGCUCUAAGGCACGCAGGGGUCUCCAUAACUGUGACUUCGUUUACAGACAUCGUAGCGUCUACCAUAGGUGGCACCACGAUUUUACCAGCUCUGGAGUCAUUCUGUCUGUAUGCUGCAGCUGGUGUUUUCUUCACUUUCAUAUACCAAGCAACAUUUUUUGUCGCAUUUCUUGUAUUGGAUGAACACAGAGUUGCGAAGCAAAGAAACCCUUUUCUACUGUGUGUGACUCAUGACAAGCCAGUGCAGAGCCACAAUAAUGUAGCACCUUGUUCGAGGCCUAUAAUUAAUUUCAUAUACUCCAGGAUAAUUCUAACAUACCCUGUGAAGAUAUUGGUUGUUUUGACAACGUUGGGCUUCACUGGAUUCUGUAUCAUGGGGUUGACGAUGUUACGACAGGAGUUUGACCCCAAGUGGUUCUUGCCUCCAGACAGUCAUCUGGUGAAGUUCCUCAACGCGCGAGACCUCUGGUACGGAGACUCGGGGCAGGAAGCACAUGUGUUGUUAGGUCGCCUCAACUAUACCUCAGAGCUACCUCACAUUCACAACUUGGUGAGGCAGCUGCGAUCUCAGCAAGACAUUGUCAAAGAUGUCAACACUUGGUAUGACGGUUUCAGGAAGUACCUCAACUUUUACUUCAACAGAGAUAUUCCUCAUGAAGAACUAUCAGAAGAUGAUUUCAAUUUUUACCUGGGCAAAUAUUUGUACAGUCCCUCAGGUGGAAAAUAUCAGAAAAAUUUCCGAUUCGCAGGAAAACUGGAAUGUGGAGAAAAAGCACCACCUGCCACUAUUUCUACCCUGGAUUUCAAGUUCCGGAGGUUUAGCGGACCAGAGGAGGCAGUUCCUGCCAUGAACCGUGUCAGAAAGCUGGUACAAGACAGCAAUAUUACCUCUGGGGAUGGCAUAAAGACGGUCUGGUCCAAGGCCUUCGCUACGUGGACAACAGACGAGGUGAUCCAACACGAACUCUACAGGAAUCUUGCUCUCUCAGUCAUAUGUGUCAUGGCAACGACUACAGUGCUGAUUGUCAACUUCGCUGUGUGUUUUUGGAUCUUUAUCUGUGUACUGUUGACCCUGACAGACAUUUGCGGCAUGAUGUACUACUGGGGUCUCACAGUGGACAUAGUGUCAUGUAUCGCCUUGGUGCUAGGCGUAGGUCUUUGUAUCGACUACGCAGCGCAUGUUGGUCAAACGUUCCUUCACGCGCAGGGCAGUCAUCAAUACCGCGCACUGUACACUGUCAACACUAUUGGUGCCGCAGUGCUCAACGGUGGCCUGUCUACACUUCUAGCCAUGUCGAUGCUCUCUCUCUCGUCUGCGUAUGUGUUUCAGGCUUUCUUUAAGAUAUUUUUCCUGGUUGUGACAAUCGGUCUGUUCCAUGGAGUGGUCUUCCUACCGGUGGUCCUCAGCGAGGUCGGACCUUCUGCUCCACCUCCAGUUGUACUGUCGGAACAUGUUCUUCACCAAGAAGAUGCUCAACCUGCCGAUGAAUGUGAAAUAGAGCGCUUACAAACACCAGACGAUUGUGAUAAAGUUGACAUUGCUCCAGUAGAAAACUCCAACAAGAAUACUAACCACAAUAGAUAGCCUUUGUGAUAACAGUUAUUUUAUACAACUAUGUUUUUAGUGAAAGAUGUACCAUCUGCCUUAGCGUGUAUUGCAAGUUAAGGAUUGCUCGAUAACUUGUUGCGAUGCUCAAAUCGUAUUUUAGUCGGUUCAUGACCUGCUAUCAGCUGGAUAUUUCAAUUCAAAACACUUUGUUACAGAGGGUAGUUGUGGGUAGUUUAGGUUUAUUUUAUAAAACGAACCAAAUAAUAAUACUGACUGAUAUAAUAUUGAUAUUAUAGAAUAGUCCUCAAGAAAUAAUCAAGCAACAAAUGAUGUAAUGAACUUAUCUUUUAAUAGUACAUCACUCAAUUGUGUCUUAAAGAUUCUGACUGAUCGUAAAUGAGAAUGUUCUUUAUCUAGAAUCAUUCCUUUGUUAUUACAACACAAUGUCUUUAUAUUACUUUGUUCCAAUUUUUUCAACAAGCUAGUCUUGUUUGUUAGUAAGUUUUUUAUUCACCGUAGUGAACAAUGCAUAUAGCACACUUUGCUUACAACAAAUUUGUUUCCACCCAUUUUGUUUAUUUAUUUUUUGUAAUUUAGUUUUGAAAUGCUUACGUAUAAUGAACUUUGAUAUAACGCGUCCCCAUUUGUAAUGAAUUUUUUUUGUUCCCCCUGAGCAAGUAUUUAGCAAAUUUUCUCUUGGAAAUGUGUGUUGAAAAGUCUUUAAAAUAUAGCAAACACAUUCAUGCAUAUAAUUAUUUUGCAAUUAUUUAUGGCAGCAACAAUGUGAUACAAAAUUCAUUUGUACACAAUAUUUAAAGAAGUAUCAAUGAAAAAUGUUUUACUGUUAUCUAUAAAUACUACUAAAAUAAAAUUAAAACUACUUUAUCAGAAAUUAGUGCAUUGGUACGCAAACAUACGCAUUGUAAGAGAGUUGCAUCUCUCUGCAUUGAAGUAAAUUGUUUGCCAUAGCGAACACUGCAAGUAGUGGUUUGUACCAGAUAGUGGUGUUGUAUCAAAUUUACUGACCAAGAUAUUCUGAUACUUAUAUUGAUAUAAAAGAUCACAAUACGUUUCUGAAAAAUAGUACCAUUUGGUAUCCAGGGCUCUGUUACACACAAACUUAAAUUGUAAAAUGAUAAUGUAAUCCAUUGUAUUUUCAUUGACUCUCAAAGAGAUAUGAUGCAUACUGUCUUACUGAAUAGUUAGCAAUUGAUGUAUAGAAUACAAUGUGUGUAAUUUCAGUACAAUGUGUUUGUCCAAAUUAUGCGUCACUAAUACUGAUUUACACCAGCUGCACACUAAUUUUAUCUCAAAACUUUUAAAUUUCUCAUUUACUUAAGAGUUCGUGUAAAGUGUGCAAAUACAACAUCUACACAUCUUUGGCCAAAAGUUUGCUCCCUUUGGUGGUUUAAACUAACGGUUUCACCAACCGUUUUAAAAUUCAAUUGAUCGUUUUUAAUCUGUCAAAUUCCCCAAAACACUGUAUUUCAUUGCAUGUUUUAAUUUAUAGUAGUCUAAUAGUUUAAGCCAUUGUCUGAAAUAAGUGUGUUAAUAUUUUAUGUUAAGAACAUUAUAUGUAGUGGACAGUUGAAAGGAAAAAGGAUAAGUUCAGUUUUUAGUGCAGAAUAUAUAUUGAGUCACACAUAAAUCAUUCAGUGGAAUACAUUGUAAGUUCAACAUUCUGUACUCUAUUAAAACUUGGGAGUCCAAAAAUUCAACUUUUCAAUAUCUAAUUUUGUGAAAAGUAUAACUAAUUCGGUUCCAAAUUAAUUUGAAUAAUGAACUUAAAACAAGAAAAUGUGCCUAUAAGAACAGUUUGAUUGGCAUUAGUAUUAGUGUAAAAUGUUAGUAUAUAUCAAUUUAAAGGUAGACAGUGCCUAAAUAAUAAUACUGACCGUGCGUCUUAAAAUAAAACAGUUGCCAUUGCCUUCAGCCCCAAAUCUUGUUUCAUAAGCACUGAUUUUGCAUAGACCAGUAAAAUUAACAUCAUUGGUUCCAGCAUCUAUACAUCACAUGUACAAAACAACUUUUGUUUUUCUUUAGUGUCAUAAAUCUGGAAAACUUUUUUUACACAAAUCACUAUUAUUUUUAAAAUAAAUUUGGAUACAAUAUGAUAAUGUUGUUGUUGACACAGGAAAUAAUAUCAAGGGUUGUUGUUAUUAAUUAGUUGCUAGUACUUGUAUUUAAAUGAUUAAUAAGUAAAAAUGGUUUGCAGACUGCAGUUUGCAGUUUGAAUUCUUUCUGUCGGAUGAAAAAGAAGUUCCCAAAUAUUCAGAGAACAUGUUCUCGUGUAACUUAUUCUUUCUUGCCACGCAAGUAAAACAUGGUGAAAACUAGAAUUACAUCAUUCUAGUUCUAUAAUCUUGGCAUAGCUCAAAAACUUUUUAAAUGGUUUACGGAGUUUAACUCUUGAACAUAAGGAAUAAAAUGCUACUUUUGUAUCUUUGCUGACUCCUCAUCUCCUCUGGGGGACGUUUUUCAAAGAGAGGUAGAUCUUAAAUAUAAGCUUAGGUCAUGUUGGAUGAGAUUUUAACAUUUUCACUUCGUCUACACAGUGGUCUAAUCCUUAACGAACAGCUAGCACUACGUUGUGAUAGACUCAUAAAUGAGCACAUCAUGGAAAACAUCAUAUUUUGGUUAACCAUAAAUUGAAAUCAAAUUAUUAGUUAUAACAGAAUUACGAUAUUUACAUUUUACAGAAAUUACGAGGUAUAUCCCAUGGGCAUAGCCUGGGAGGGGGAAAUGAGUUCUUAUUCACUCCCCAUUAUUUUUGUAUUGGGGCAAAUAGUGGCCUAUUAUAUUUUUUAUAUUAAUAUGAAAUAGGCAAUAUCAUUGUAUACACAAUUUUAUGAUACAAAUGGGAUAAACAGCGAACUCAUCAUAAAUAAAGCUAAAAAGUGAUGUUUCUAACCAUUUCUCGUACCUCAAACCAUGUUGGGGGACAAAAUUGAACACGCCCACUGUCUCUAACCCUUUUGAUCCAUUUUUGUGACCAAUUUUUCAAGCUUUUCAGUGUACUUAUCUAAUAAACACCUUCUGUGACAUGC